AUGUUUCGAACGCUGAAAGAGUUCGUGAGAGCGUUAAGGGACAUUGUGAUCAUCCAGAGAACGGCGGUGGAGGAGCGCGGGAUCCUGCAUCGCGAUUGUAGUCUUAAUAAUGCGAUGAUCCUGGAUGAUCUAGACCUCAGCAAGGGGUUCCUUAUUGACUGGGAAUUUGCAGUACGCAUUGCUGCGGACAAUAAAUAUCCCAUCGGUGGUACGGGCACGGUCCCCUUCAUGUCACGCAUGCUUCUCAGCCAGGUUUCGCUUUUGCAACAAAAGGUGGUUGCAGACGCUGAGCAGAAAAAGCUGAUGAAAGCAAACAAAUCGAAAUCGAAGAAUGCUCCUGCCCUGAAAACACCGAAAACCUCCUCAGAUUCUUUAGCGCUGCCCGUUUCUCAUGUGGUCCAAGGUUACUCUGAUGAUCUUGAAUCUCUUUUCUUCAUAUUCGCUUGGGUUUGCAUCAAGUUCUGCGGUCCCAACGGCACGGUCCGUCAGGAGCGCAUGCCCAAUUCCUUACUCGAUCGCUGGACCAGCCUUGACCUGGCAUCGUGUGCUGCCUUCAAGAUCACCUUUUUCGCGAAUCCAUUGGAUGAACAGCGUCUCAUAAACGAAUUUCACCCAUACUUCAAACCCCUCAUCCCCCUUGCAAAGGAUUGGUGUGCAGCAUUGAAGGAUAACAUGGAGCUUUCCGAUGAUGAGGAGCUCCAAUCCACUGUGACAAUGCUCAAGAAAACUGCCACUGCUCUUACUAGUAGCUUGAAACGUGUUGCUUCACUGUCUUUGCCCAUGCCGAAGCGGAGGAAGUCGGACGACUUGCCGGAGACAUCCGAACAGGUGUAA